AUGGCAACCUUCCAUUGGAUCGAACCUGAAUCGACUCACAACACUGCCGCACUAGCUACUCAUGCGAGAUUGCUCACACCCCCUUUCAUCCUACCUCAAGUCAGCGUCUCCUGCCUAGAUGGUGCUCCUCCUGCCGAGCGCGACACAGAGCACGAAAGAAUGAUUUGGUAUCGAUGCCAUACGGUGCUGCAAAGUUCUUACAAGACUGGAGAAAUGGGACAACUCUUCCCAGGUGCGACCGGAGUGUGGAAUCUUCUUGGGACUCACCUUAUGAGAUACGCUUACGUCGUCAAAGAUCUAGGCGGGCUUGCUCCUGCAGAUUCGUCCGUCAUAGCAGCCACUUCUGAUGACCUGAAGCUUCCUGUGGAUGUGAUCCGCAGCGGGAUGGAGGAAACACCAGACCCGGAGAACUACCUUUACAUGAAAUCGCCCACCUCGUCAAAUGGAUGUGGCCAAUCUUGA